CUGGUCGCUGAGAGGUGGUGGCAGGAUCGUGAUGCGAGGAGGGAGCCCACAGUUUGCAGUCUGGGGAUCAUUUGAGUGACCCGGUGCUUCAUUGUUUUCAAGAAGGUUCCAGUGUCACGCACGUACUCAGACAGACUCAAGGUGAAGAAACUUCGAGAUGGCGUGAGCCAAUGUUUGACUCCAUUUCGCCGAUCAAAGUGUCCAUUAAUCACCAAUUAAAGAGUCGAGAAAGAUUGAGACAGAGAAGCGAAUAUGGAAGGCCUUAUGUGGUCUUGUAUGGUGCACCUGGAUCUGAAAUUAACCCGUGUGGAAUGUCAUCCAGAGAAAAUAUUGGUAUAUUUUUGGGGGCAGUACUGCAAUGCACAUGAAUUGGAUUAUCAUAUACUACAGGCGGAAAUACAGACUGCAGUAAAGACAAAAACAGAUGUUGCAGUGGAUGAGUUGUGUUUUGUAGAGGACACUUACCGUGGUGAAUGGUACCGAGGAAGAGUUGUAAGAAAAAAAGAAGAAUCAUAUGAUGUAUUUCUCAUAGAUGUUGGAAUGGUCUUGACGGUUGAUGCUGGGUAUGUUGCUUCUGCCUGUAAAAAAUUGUUUCAACUUCCCCCAAAAGUAGUAUGUGGCAUAUUUGCCAAUAUAAUCCCUAUAAGAAGAAAAUGGUCAUCAAUGGCUGUCAAAUAUUUUGCCUCAUUGCCAUCUACACAAAUCAAAGGUUAUGUUGAAGAUGUUUUAAUGAACCAGUUAGUUUUAGAAGUUCCCAGUGUUAACCAAAAGCUUCUUGAGCUUGGCUUGGUAAAAAUUCUUGAUGGCAGCACUUUCCAUUUCCUAUUGGAAAUGUCUGAAGAUUUGCCAAGUUACCUUGGUUGUGAAAACGCUAAAAUGAAAUCCAUGAAUAAACAAUGCUGGAGACCUAUGCUGGAUAAAACUGUUAUACGAUCACUUAGUUUCAAGCAUAUUGUGGAUGUUUUCAGUCUAAGUUUGCAAACUGAUGUUAUAGAAUCAGUCAGAAUUACAUGUGCAUCAGGACUUAAUAACUUUUACUGCCAACUGAAAAAGCUGACUUCUGAGCUCGAAGCAAUGAGUAAAGAUAUGCAUGAUUACUAUGAAAACAAAGAAAAAGAAUUAAAUGAUGAACAUAUUAAUAAUUCUGGUGCACUCUGUGCUGUCAAAUGUAGAGAUGGAAAGUGGUACAGGGCAGUUGUAAAACAGCUGUUAACUUCAGGGCACGUGGAAGUUUGGCUUAUGGAUUAUGGAAGUAUAACAGUUGUAUUACCCCAUCAUAUUAAACACUUGAUGCCAGAUUUUUUUAUGAUGCCUGUGAUGUCAUUUCCAUGUGCACUAACUGAUUUAGCAAAGCAAACAAAACAUUGGAUAAAUUUACAAAUUGAAAUUUUCAAGCAAUCAUUGUUUGAUGAGGAAGGAUUAAAUAUUUUCAUUGAUUCAUACUCCUGUAUAGAACAUCUGUACUAUGUUACACUCUGUCAACCCCAAAACAUUAACAUCCAUCAGUUGCCUGAAACAUUAUCAGGAGUGAAUCGAAAGAUUAAAUGUGCCCCUGAUGAGAAAGCAAGUAAGGAUAUAAGCAGGCAAUUUGGAAAAUCAAGUGGAAAACUGGCCAGUAACUCAGUGCAUUAUAGUUUAAGAUCAGCUGAAAUGGAAGUAAAUGCUUCCUAUGUUGGAUUUGUUGAAUAUGUUAUUAACCCAUCUGACUUUUGGAUUCGUACUUCAGAAUACAGUCAUGAUUUUGAAUGUCUAAUGAACAGUAUUUCAGAUCAUUACAGCAAAAUUGGUGUAAGCGAAGAACUUAUUCAGAAACCAGCACCUGGCUUGUUUUGUUGUGCAAUAUAUAGUGGAGACCGGCGAUACUACAGAGCAGUUAUUACUGAUAUAUUUGAUGGUUACCUAAAAGUUUUCUUUGUUGAUUAUGGGAAUACUGAAAUUGUAGACAUUACUGCUGUAAAAACACUUCUUCCCCAGUACACUCAUUUGCCACUUUUGGCUAUGAACUGUUCUAUUGCUCGCAUUUUUCCUAUUGAAGAAGUGUGGACAAAGGAUGCUACCAACUUCUUUAAGAAAGCUGUAUUUAACAAAGAACUUACAAUUGAAGUAGUUUCAAAAGAAGGAAGCAGAUAUAUCAUUGAUGUUUGUGACAAAGAAUGCACGGAACAGCCAUCUGUUAGCACACUAAUGCUUAAGUCUGGGUAUGCUGAUUUUUGGAAUGUAAAGGCAGAUGAUAAUUGGCCAAAACAAAAUUGUAAAUUGAAGCAUUCAGGAAAUAAAACAACCAGCUUCACAAAAAGUGGCAGAAGAACAUACAUAGUUAAAAAUUCGAAGUUGAAAAAUACAGGCAUUGUUCCAGAUUCACCCAAUAAGCUGUCUACUCUGUACUUUCCGACUCGACCUCCUGCCAUGUCAACACGAACUAAGAAAUCCUUGUUAGUAUCACCAUUCAGGCAACAAGUGUUUAAGCUUGGAUCUGUUUUUGAUGUGAGAGUGUCUCAUAUAAAAUCUCCAGCAGAAUUUUGGUGCCAACUACAAAGGAAAUCCGAUGAACUUGAGUUGCUUAUGAGAGAUAUCCAACUUUAUUACAGUAUUCCAAGGGAUUCUUUUCAACCUAAAGAUACAGGAUGCGUUGCAAAAUACUCCAAGGAUGGACAGUGGUAUAGAGCAACAGUUAUUCAAAGAAAUAUUCCAAAAGAAGUUACUGUAUUGUUUGUUGAUUAUGGCAUCCAACAAAGAACUACUCUGAAGAAUCUUUGUGCUAUUAAUCCAAAAUUCGUUCAACUGGAAGAGCAAGCUUUUAGUUGCACUAUUAAUGGCAUCAUUCAAUCUGUGAACCAAGACCCUGCUGUCUGGGAUCCAGUUUCCUGCAACAUGUUUAAACAGUUCAUUGACAAUACAUUGACAUCAGAUUUGAAUCUUAAAUGCACAAUAUUCGCAAAGGCUUUGAAAGAUGGAAAGGAUCUGUGUAAUGUGGUAGACCUACACACUCCAUAUACUAAUUUAUGCCAGCUAUUUUUGAACAUGGCGUUGGCCACGAAUGUUAAAUCACCAUUUUCUUUCAGUUCAUCAGUUCAGUUAUAUACAUUUUAUUAUAGUGAUCAUGGCAUAAGAAUCGGAAGUGAAGAAAAAGUCUAUGUAACACAUGCUUAUGAUUUGUCAGAAUUCUAUUGUCAAUUUGAAAAAAAUACUUCGGUUGUGGAUAAACUUAUGACUGAUAUCGCCUGCAUUAGUAAACAAGUGCAAGGACAAAAGUUGAACUUUAACAAAACUUGUAUGUGCUUAGCAAAAUAUUUUGAGGAUGGUCAGUGGUAUCGUGCUCUAGCUUAUUCUGCACAAUCACCUGCACAUUUUAAAGUAUUCUUUGUAGACUAUGGAAACACAGAAAUAGUUGAUGAAAAUGAUGUGAUUCCAAUUCCUCUGGAGGCAAUAGAACUGAUUUCUAUACCUAUGCAAGCAGUAAAAUGUUGUUUGUACCUUCCCCUUCAGAAAGUACCUGAUGAUUUCACUUUGUUUAAAGAAACUGUGAUGGAAAAGCAACUGAAAGCUUUUGUGGUAGCAAAGAAAUCUGAUGGCCAGUUGGUUCUUGACCUUUAUGAUGGAAAUGUCAAAAUUAGUGAUGAAAUAACACAGCAACUUUAUGGAAGUGGUGUGAGAUGCCUUGACGACACACAGUGGCAAAGUAGCAAUUCUUCCUCCCCAAAAAAUAUAGUUACUUCUUCAAAACAGACAAGUGAGCACCUUGUAAAAGAAACAAAAGGAUCGAUCAGUUCUGAUUUGAAAGCAGACUUGUGGUCUAAAGGAAGACAAAACAAAGACCAGAAUGGGUCUUUUAAAAAUAUAAAAGUACCUUGUAAAAGAGGUGGAAAAAAUACAACUUACUUACAAUUAAAGAAAUUUGUCCCUGGAUAUAAUUUCCAUCAAACAAACUUGGGGAAAGUUUACAUCAGAAGGAACACAGGCAAAGCAGUCCAUCCAGAUAAGACUAGAUUCUGUGUAUGGAAGACCGGAAUGAUACCUCAUACAAUUAAUUCCAGAGAAAUGACAACACCAACUGUACUCAGCUCUUCUGUGCAAAACAUUGCUGCAGUACCAAAUGCAAAAGACAGUAUUGAAAUUAUUUGUAGAAGUAAGAAGAAAACUGCUAGGUUUCCUCAAGAUUUCACCAAAUUGUUUGGAAUGUUCGAUUCUGGCAUUUGGAAGAUUAAUGCUGCUUCUCUUUCUGAAAAACACAAAGUUUUCCACGCAAGUGAUGCUCUUUCUAUAUUGAAAGACUUUUUGUUUGAUUUGGAUGGAUGGAUGAAUAAAGUGGCUUGUGCAGAUGUGAUAACUGCUUCAGCUAAACAUGUAUCAUUAAAAUCUUUGCUUCCUGGUGAGAGUGCCAGGCAAUGCUUGUCAGCAUUGAAUUUAAUUGCAUGUGGCCCUAUCCAGCCAGCUAAAGAAUACAGUGGCUUUGCUAGUUCUGUGAUUGACCCAUCAGAAUUCUACAUUCAGCUAGAUGAUACAUUUGAAACAAUGAUAACUCUUAGUUCAUUCCUGGCUGAGCUACCAGAGAAUCUGCAAACAUUAUCUCUCGAUUCAUUGAAAGUUGGGGUAGCUUGUCUAAUCAAAUGUGCCAGCAGUAAUCAUUGGUGCAGGAUUGAAAUUUGUGCAGUGUCACAACAGUUAGUUCUUGCUAGAGCUGUUGAUUAUGGACAUUAUAUCUUCAUUCAGCCUUCAGAUUUUAGCAGAAUAUGCGCACUUCCUCAAGAGCUUGUUGACUUGCCACGUUUAACUAAUCGCUGCAUUUUAAAUGGAGUUGUGCCUGCAAAAGGAGAUUUUUGGACAGAUGAAGCUGUUGUUUUUUUUCAAAAGUCUUUGAAUAAGCAGAAUUUGACUGUCAGUUUCAGACAAUAUUUUGCUCAAUUGGUGUGGGAAGUGAAUGUUGUCAUAAAUAACAAGAGUGUGGCAGAAGAUUUAGUUGCUGCUGGACAUGCUGCAUUUCUGAAAAAAAUUGUUAACUCCUCCACUAAAGAUGCACUCAGUUCUUCAGAAGUCUUUCGGAUUCUGGCAGGACCCAUCUCAAACCCAUUUAAUAAAUAUGGUGAGCUGCUCUAUCAAGGAGAAAACCCAUCGAUGAGCAAUUUGAAGCCAGUUACUUAA